AUGCUAGUUCUCAGGGUGCUCAAUGUUGUUGCUCCAGCCUACUUCCUGUGCAUCUCCUUAGUGACCUUCGUCCUCCAGCUCUUUCUCUUCAUCCCCAGCAUGUUCAAAGACCCUUCCACCACCCCACUUUUCUCUCCUGCUCUGCUGCAUGGGGCCCUCUUCCUCUUCCUCUCAGCUAAUGCCCUGGGGAACUACAUCCUUGUGAUACAGAACUCCCCUGAGGACCUUGGCAAGUGCCUGAACUCGGGCGGAGGAGCCGAAGUGGUGGUGGACCGGCCGGACGGAAGCAGGUUCCCUUGCUCAGCCUUGCCCAGCACCCACUUCUGUAGACUGUGUGCCAGAGUCACCCAAAGGCAUGACCACCACUGUUUCUUCACAGGGAACUGCAUCGGGAGCAGGAACAUGCGGAACUUCGUCAUGUUCUGCCUCUACACCUCCUUGGCUUGUCUCGACUCCCUGGUGGCAGGGGUGGCUUACAUUUCUGCAGUGCUCUCUAUGUCCUUUGCAAACCCACUGGCCUUCCUCACCCUCCUGCCUCACUCCAUCAGCCAGUUCUUCUCAGGAGCUCUCCUUAGCUCUGAAAUGUUUGUCAUUCUCAUGCUGUACCUCUGGCUUGGAAUUGGACUUGCCUGUGCUGGCUUCUGUUCCCACCAGAUACUGUUGAUCUUACGAGGGCAAACUCGCUACCAGGUGCGGAAGGGGAUGGUGGUAAGAGCCCGGCCCUGGAGGAAGAACCUGCAGGAUGUCUUUGGGAAGAGGUGGCUAAUAGGACUUCUCAUUCCUAUACUAAAUGUGGGAAGUGACUAUCACAGGCAUAAAGACAAGUAA